CAUCAGUUUUAAUGUCAGUGAUAAGAUUUUUUUUUAAAUUUAGCUGCAGAACUAAAAGAUGCCUCCAAAACCAUUAAAAGGUGAAGAAACUGGUGCAUCAAAGCGGAAAAGAAGAAGAGAUCAAGAUGCAUUCAUCAAAACUCAAGAAAAUUCAAUGUUGAGGUUUGUCAAAAUAACUAAAUCUCCUAAUACAGUUGAUGUUUUAAGAGAUGAUGGGAAUGUUAUUGAGAAUGAAAACGAAAUUGAGAAUGACGCUGAGACUGGUAUUGAGAUUGCGUGUGAAGACCAUGAUGAGAAUGAAAAUAAGAAGAAGGAUGAUCAGAAUGAGGAUGUGAUUCAAGAUGAGAUCGAGAUAGAGAUGGAAGGCAAGACUGGAUGUGAGAAUGAGAAUAAGGAUGGGAAUGAGAAUGAAAAAGAGAAAGAGAAAGAGAAUGAGGAUGUAGAUGACAAAGAAGAGGAACAGGAGUAUCAUUCAUGUGAGGAUAUCAGUGAUCCUGCAAACUGGAAAAAUAUUGACAACAAUACAAGAGAUUUUCUGGUUGAAAAAGGUCCAUCAAAAAGAUUGCCAGCUGAUUAUCAUUUUCCUAGAGAUAAAAUUGGACGAUGUUUUUCUCAUUCAUCAUACACCAGAGAAAUAGUUAAUGGAGAGAUGCAAGAUAGACAUUGGUUAAUUUACUCUAAAAUAAAAGAUCAAAUCUUUUGUUUUUGCUGUAAAUUAUUCACACGAGAUAAAAAUAGUAAUCAGUUGGCAACUACUGGUUACAGUGACUGGAGAAAUGUUUCAGAGAUGCUUAGAAAACAUGAAAAGAGUCAUAAGCAUAUCAUCUGCAUGACUAGUUGGAUGGAGCUAGAAGUGAGGCUGCAAAAGAAUUUGACUAUUGAUAAGUUUGUCCAAGAAGAAAUCAACAAAGAGAAAAGACAUUGGAGUGAUGUUUUGUUGAGGAUCAUUGCUGUGGUAAAAGGGCUUGCUAAGAAUAAUAUAGCAUUUCGUGGAGUAAAAGACAAGAUUGGUCAAGAUGGCAUUGGCAACUUUUUGGGAAUGAUUGAGGUGAUUGCUGAUUUUGAUUUGGUAAUGAUAGAGCAUGUUAGAAGAAUUGAGAAAGGUGAGACCCAUUAUCAUUAUCUCAGCAACAAAAUCCAGAAUGAGUUGAUAGAAAUGCUUGGGAAUGAGAUCAAAAAGAUAAUCAUACAGAAGAUUCAACGGGCAAAGUAUUUUUCAGUGAUUCUUGAUUGUACUCCUGAUAUCAGUCACAGAGAACAGAUGUCCCUAGUUAUUCGAUGCGUGGAUAUUUCAGAGAUCUCACCAAAGAUAGAAGAAUUUUUUUUGACAUUUUUGGUGGUUAAAGACAAAACUGGAGAAGGGCUUUUCAACACCCUUCAAGAUGUAUUGGUUAAUCUUGAUUUGAGUAUUGAUGACAUUAGAGGGCAAGGUUAUGACAAUGGGUCAAACAUGAAAGGAAAGCAUAAAGUGCUGGAAAUUAAUCCAAGAGCAGCUUACACACCAUGUGGUUGUCAUAGUUUGAAUCUAGCACUUUCCGAUAUAGCUCUUCAUCAGAGACAGCAGUUUCAUUUUUUGGAAUUCUUCAGCGCAUUUAUUGCUUGUUUUCUUCUUCAACAAAUAAUGCUGAAAAUUCGAGAAGCUUUAUUUUAUUUGGCAGAUAACAGUGAUAAUCCAAGAACAAGAAGUGAAGCUGAGUCUCUUGCAAUGAGUGACACUCAUGGAAUUGGAAAUUUCGAGUUCUUAUUGGGAAUGGUCAUUUGGUAUGAGCUUCUAUUUGCUGUGAAUAAAGUAAGCAAAAUUUUGCAGUCAGAAGAUAUGGAUAUUGGGAUUGCUAUUUCUCAUGUACAAGGACUUGUUUCUUUUAUGAAAAGCUACAGAGAAACCGGCUUUCAAGAAGCAAAAAUAGAAGCUGAACGGAUUGCUAUAGAUAUGAAGAUUAAUCCUGGCUUUUCAGUGAAACCAAAACGUGCUAGUAGAAAAAAACGACAUUACGAUGAAGAACCUGAAAAUGAUGAAGAAAGCGUAACGCUAACAGCAGAAGAAAAUUUCAGGACACGGUUUGAUCAACUUCAAAACUAUGAGAAGACUUUUGGAUUUUUGUUCGACUUGCAGAAACUCAAAUCUGCAAAAGAUGACAGUCUGAUGACUUCUUGUGCCAACCUAGAAGCUUAUCUAAAGCAUGGUGUGCAUUCUGACAUUGAUGGGAAUGAUCUGUUUAUGGAGUUGAAGCUUCUAAGAAAUGUUCUACCAAAAGAAAUAAAGAAACAGGUUGAGGUAUUAGAUUUUUUGAAGAAGAUGGAAAGAUGUUAUCCAAACACAUGGACUGCAUACCGUAUAAUGAUGACCAUUCCAGUUUCGGUUGCUACAGCAGAAAGAAGUUUUUCAAAGUUGAAACUUAUAAAGUCAUAUCUGCGGUCGAGUAUGUCUCAAGAAAGACUGAAUGGAUUAUCGAUAUUGUCGAUUGAAAGAGCUAUGGUUAAAGAACUUGAUUCUACAUACUUGAUAGAUGAGUUUGCAAAUAAAACUGCAAGAAGAGCUAUAUUUCAAAAAUAAUGUAAUAUUAUGUUUUUUUAUUAUGUUUAUCUUUUGAUAUUGUUUGUCAUUACUAUUUUAAGGUAUUUUUAUAUAAAGUUACAGGGGCCAAUUUUUUUUCCUCGCUUCUAGUCUUGCAAAUGUCAGGCACGGCCCUGCCUCGUACCCUUCGUCAUAAAACCAAACACGAACUUGUUGUUCUUGUUUUGUAUGUUACUGUCUGAAACAUGAGAACGUUCUUUUACUCUG